AUGCAACACUCCCUAUAUUCACAACAGCGUGAGAAUGCUGCUGCAGACACGAGACAGCCUCAUUCGGUCGCCGAUGGUUUCGGCAAGGAAACAGAAAAGGAUCGCGAAUCGUCUUCCCACGAUGGGUUUGAGACGGCGAGUGAAGCGUCUUGUGAGCCACAGGCGGGUGUGAGGCGCAUCGAGGCCGUGAGCAAGGCGUGGACUAAGACAUCGUUGAUUGUGGCCUAUGUCACGCUACUGGUCAUUGCGAAUGUCACAUCUCUGGAGCUUCAGGUUACAAGCGUGAUGACGCCCCUGGCGACCAGCGCAUUCCAGUCCCAUUCUCUGCUUUCAACAAUCUACACCGUGCAAGGUGUUGUUGCGGCCGUGAUCAAACCCCCCAUUGGCAAACUCGCAGACGUCUUCGGCCGCCUCGAGUCCUUCACCCUUGCCAUAUCUCUCUACACAAUUGGCUACAUCCAGCAAGCCGCCUCGGGCAACGUGCAGACCUUUGCCAGUGCGCAAAUCUUCUGGGCCGCAGGCUUCAACGGCCUACAAGUCCUACAGCAGAUUUUCGUCGCCGACUCGACGGAUCUGCUAAACCGUGCGCUCUUUUCCACGCUAUUUGAUGUACCCUUCCUAUGGACCACGUGGGCAGGGCCAGAGGUCGGUCAGGCGAUUUUGAGGACGGCGUCGUGGAGAUGGGGGUAUGCCAUGUGGGCUAUCAUCUUACCAGUCUGCUUUAUCCCCUUGGCGUUGAGUCUCUUUGUGAAUCAGAGACGCGCAAGGCAGAUGGGCGUCGAAGUCCCCAGUCCGUUUCACGGCCGCACGGUGCUCCAGAAUCUCAGGAAUCUGUGGUUUGAUCUGGAUACGUUUGGCUUGUUGUUGUUUGCUGCGGCCAUCUCCCUCAUCCUUCUUCCGCUCACACUGGCUCCGAAUGCGAGUGGUGGGUGGAAGAAUGGCAGCAUGAUUGCCAUGUUGGUGAUUGGCGGUCUAUGUCUACUCCUCUUCCCCUUUUGGGAGCGCAGCAAGAUACUCGCACCGCAAGCCUUUUUCCCUCCAGCUCUAUUUAAAAACAGGACCAUCAUCGCCGGAACGCUAAUCGCAUUCUUCUACUUCAUGGCAUUCUACAUGUCCGUCUUCCCCUACUUCUUCUCCUACCUGCAAAUCGUCCAAGGCCAAUCCAUCGUCACAGCCGGCUACAUCACCCGCGUCUUCACCUUCAGCUCCACCCUCGCCUCCCUCGCCGUCUCCCUCGCCAUCAAAUACACCGCCCACUACAAACACUACACCACCUUGGGCGCCGCAAUCUACCUCGCAGGCAUGGGCAUCAUGCUCGCCUACCGCCGCGAAUCCGCAUCCACGGGCUCCCUAAUCGGCACUCAAAUCGCCCUCGGCAUCGGCGGCGGCUUCCUCAAUGUCCCCGUCCAACUCGCCGUUCAGGCAAGCGCCUCUCAUCAACACGUCGCCGCUGUAACUACCGUCUGGCUCACCUUGCUCGAAGUCGGUGGCGCCGUUGGUUCUGCAGUCUCGGGCGCGAUCUGGUCGACUUGGAUUCCCCGUAAAUUACUACUCUACCUCCCGCCCGCCAACGCCGCAGAUGCAACCUCCAUUUACGCAUCCAUUCUCGUCUCCGCAGACUACGAAUUAUAUCCCAUGGGAAGUCCUGUGCGCAUCGCGAUUAACCGGGCGUAUGCGGAGACGAUGCGCUAUUUACUCAUUGGUGCUUUGUGCUGCGCGGCUCCGAUACUGCCGCUUACGCUCUGUUUGCGGAAUUAUAAGCUCGAUGAUAUGGAUCAGCAUGUCAAGGGGAGGGUUAUUGGGAGUAGUGAGAUGAAGGGGAGGGAUAGGCGGGGUGAGGUUGGGGAGGGAGUGUCGACUGGAGAGGAUGUUGGGGAUAGAGGGGCGCCGUGGUGGCGGGUUUGGAGGUGGUGA